AAUUUGAAAAGCAGCAACCGGAAGCUCCCUCUGAACCCGGCUGCUCUGUUCGCCUUGACCACCGAGACGUGUCCUGCAAAUGCGACGAGAUGCAAGCUAACGUUUGCCGCCUGAUAAAAAUCUCCAUGCCGGCCUUUUUACCACCUCUUUAGGCUUUUCUUGACUGUCAGUGAAUUACUAAGAUAACCCUGGCGUUUGAGGCGUUUAAAGUGACGGAGUCAUCAGCUGCAGUGAGAUGGACUGAUCCAUGCUGCUAAGGGAGCCAGGGAUGGCUAACCAUGGAGGGAGAUAGAGGAGCCCGUGACUUUGUGUUACUCGCCUCUUUUGCGGUAGAAAAAUGACUUGAUAGUGGUGGUUGUCGUUGUCUCCUAGUGUACCGUCCACGAAUGUAAGUCGUAUCAGAGUGCGCCGGUGUUAUGCUGCGCACACGCCCUGAAUAUGCCAGCUGUCCUGCACACACCGCAGACACACUGUCAUUGCACAGAUCUUACACUUACCUUACAGGCUAACUCACCCCUUUUGCACUUAAACUCAACAUCAGACCAAAUUUAGAGUUUAUUAUAGGCGUAGUUUAAAUUAAAAGACAUUCCCUUUGGUUUUACACUUAAUUUUCUGCCACUUUAAGUUAAACUUUGAAGUCCAGACACCUAACAGCCUGAUAAGACCAGCAGGUGAAUCCACCUCAGUUGUAUGGGAAACAGUGCCAGCUGUAGCAGGACUGUUGUAGGUCAACCAUGGGAGGGUCAGUGUCUUGCUGCAUCUCCCCCGGCGAGAGUCCCAAGAUCCACAGGAGGGAGGUGGAGCUGGAGGAAUGUCCCAUCACCACCUGCGAGGACGUGAGCGAAGACACGGGGACGUACCUGCAGCACAUCAGCGACAGGGAGCUCCCAGAUGGUGGGUAUAUGACAUCCACGCUUUCCCACGUGCUUCCCUGGUGGUUCACACAUCACUUACAGAUGGUUUGACCUCAAAAAGACACAUUUUACACCAUUAUCAUCCUCGUUUAUCACCAGUUAUAAGAUCUAAAAGGCUCACAAAGAUGCCGCCUCUUGAGGAUAGACAGGAAUCAUAAUAAGCAAUAAGAUUAGUGUAAAAUGUGCAGAAUAUUAUAGUCGUAGAGAAUUAGUUCCUCUGAAAUCAUUGUAAAAUAGAGGCAAUGCAUUGUCAUUGAUGGAUAUGAAAAACAAAGAGGACCAAGGAUUGAAUCCUGAGGUACUCCAGGCAUUCGUUUUACUCUCAUUCGGUUCCGUCUGAAGACAUUUUAAGAACAAGCUGCAAAAGUGACAUUUUUGUCACCUAAACACUAAACCAGUCACAACAUUAGAUUUCUGGGGUUUGGGUCGAACAUUUUUCUGUGUAAAAUUUCUUUCCCGGAGAGCGCCAACAUUCAUGUUUUUAUUUGUGCAUGUUGCAGAACUGGCCCAAGAAGCCAAUCCAUCGGACCACCCGAGAGCGAGCACCCUCUUCCUCAACAAGUCACAGACAGACGGUGAGUAUUGAAUGCUACAUUCAAGUUACCUCAGAAGUCAGAGGUCCAAGUCGGAAAACAGCAAAAUUGGAGGCGGAUACAAGAUGGCUACAUCUAUGAAAGUUAUUUUUUUUUAGCUUAUAAGGCAAGCACUAGGAUAACUUUCGUAGAUGUAGCCAUCUUGUUUCAGGCCUCCAAUGUUGCUUUUUUCUGACUUGGCAACUGAAACUCUGGAUACUCAGGUGUGACGUCAUUUUCAGCUAGGACUUCUGACUUCUGAGGUAACUGGGACACAGCAUUAUUUCAAUUUCUUUUUUUUUUUCCUUAUUUAAUGAUUUAUUCGUGAUUUUGAAAAGUGCAUUCUCAGGGAAUUUUGUCGCUGUUGUCCAAAUCUCUGACUUUUCUCUCCGUUUCAGUUCGGGAGAAGAGGAAAAGCAACUACUUGAAUCACGUAAGGAAGUUAAAGGAUGAUACAAACAGGUACUGUCUUCAUUUUUCUUCUUUACUUUCUCUUUAAAUUUUGUCAUCCUCUCUGCAGCAGAUGUCCCCGGGCCUCUUGACAAAAAAGUACAGCUCCUGCUCGACGAUAUUCAUCGAUGACAGCACAGUCAGCCAGCCCAACCUCAAAAGCACGAUUAAAUGGUAGGUGACUUUACCUCUGUCCUCUGGAUAUCUUCUGAAAAAUAGUUGAAUUUCAGUUCCCCUUAUUUUGCGCCCUUUCAUUUCUCCUUCAGAGCCUGAAUAUGUUUUAUUAUACUGAAGACAUUUCCAAUUAAUCUUAUCUGCUGCUUGCUCAAAAGCUUACUUAUAGUUACCAAGGUUCCCUACAGGACUUUAAUUAAUAAGGGAACUAUAAAUUUUCACGAAUAUGAUGAUGUCCUGCAGUUUCAGACAUGAUAUACAUCCAAAGGUUCAAUAUUUUUAUGUUGUUUUAUUUUUCUCCUCUGUUUCAGCGUCGCAUUGGCCAUUUACUAUCACAUAAAAAACAGGUAGGAAAAGUUUGAUGCAUCAUCAUGGAUUUCAGUCCUUGUGGGUGUUGUAUUGCUAAGUACUUCUCCUUUUAUUGAGGUUGUUAUCCGAUCAGAUGUUUCUUAAGGGCUUUAAACAGUCUGACAGCAUCAUUGAUUAAGUCGUCAGUCAGUCAGUCAGUCAGGCAGUCAAUCAGAUAGAUAGAUAGAUAUGGUUGACAAAUACGUUGAUAGAUUGGUAGAUAAGUAAGUCCAUGGAUGGUCAUCAGUUUUUUCUUUGAUAACUUCAUCAACACAGCAGUUUCUUCCAAGUGCAACUAGUUCAGUUGAUUUGUUAGCGGUUUAGUUGAUUAGUUUGGUAAUGAAGUCCUGAUCUUGGAAUUGCUAAGUGGACAAAAAUUAGCCAGAUUCAUCGACAUGUCAAUCAAGAUCAUUGAAUAUUGGCCUGUUCUGAUCUGGCAGAGAUUCGAACCGCUCCUUGGACAUAUUCGAUGAAAAGAAACACCCUCUAUCGGUGAGUUUCCAGGCUUUAGUUGUGUACUUUUUCUCCGUGCUGAUGGGCCACUGAUAACGACGAUCAUUUCUACCUGACAGCGAGAAAAGGUUCCGGACGACUACUCCGUGGUAGACCCCGAACACAAACUCAUCUAUCGCUUUAUCAGGACGCUCUUCAGCUCUGCGCAGCUCACUGCUGAGUGCGCCAUCGUCACCUUGGUAAUUUCAUUUUAACAGAAUACAUCGCAGGAACCCAAUGAACAAGAACACCCGUGAAGGCUCAUAUCUCUGUUGCUGCACUAGGUUUAUCUAGAACGGCUGUUGACGUACGCGGAGAUGGACAUCUGUCCUUGCAACUGGAAGCGGAUUGUACUUGGUGCCAUCUUACUGGCCUCAAAGGUCUGGGAUGACCAGGCUGUUUGGAACGUCGACUACUGCCAGAUCCUCAAAGAUAUAACAGUGGAGGACAUGUAAGACGAGUUACUUCAUUUCCCCUGACAUUGAGCAAAGCAUUAACUGAAUUGGAAGCGUCAAAUUCUCUGAUGAAUUGUCGACUUCUUUCCAUGUUCUGCAGGAAUGAGAUGGAGCGCCACUUCCUUGAGCUUCUCCAGUUCAACAUCAACGUCCCAGCCAGCGUCUACGCCAAGUAUUACUUUGACCUGCGCUCACUGGCUGACGAUAACAACCUUAGUUUCCCUCUGGAGCCCCUCAGCAAUAAGCGGGCCCAGAAACUGGAGGUAAGUGGAACAAGUUCAGGCUGUAGUUGUUGGAUUUGACAUUGGCUGUUUGUUGAAUUGUUGUCUUCUGUCUCCAGGCGAUCUCCAGGCUCUGCGAGGACAAGUACAAAGACCUUCAUAAAUCCGCCAUGAGGAGGUCUGUCAGUGCGGACAACUUGGUCGGCGUCAAGAAAUCCCAGGCGGUGCUGUCUUAAGUCUUGAAUGGCCGUCCUGGAUCAGGCAGAGCGGAAGAAGGAACAGUUUAAGAGCGGUUUGAUGCAGCAACACCAAGAGACACUUUAACAGUAGUUGUAAAAUACUGAAUGUCAUUAUCUGAGGAGGAGCAAGAGGCUAGAAGUUUACCAUACAUUAUCUCCGAAAUACAACAAAUCCAGUUUCUAUGUGUUGGAAACAAAGAACUUAAACUGUCUGCCUUUAAAGCAUGGUAAUUUGGUGGAUUACUCUGCAGAUUGUCCAUUUUUUUCAGAUAUCAGAUGUAAACCGUCGGAAGGAAUCAGCAUGAAAAUCACACCAAUUUUUAACGUCAUUGUUCGUCAUCAUCAGCCGAUCUUUCGGGGACUCUUUUCCCCGGCCCUUUCUCUCUGUCUCUCUCUCUUCUUCAAUCACGCAAAGACAAACUGUCUCGAACUACCCUGUGGUGUAGUUCUACUCACAGACAAAGACUAGAUUUUGUUUUGCUUACUAUGUAGGCCUCUAUAGCUGUGAAAUGUACAAGACUUAAUUUAAUUCAAUAAAUUUCAGUCGCUGUUGAAAGUUAUGGCUGUUAAGAUGAG